AUGCUGCAAGUUAACUGCUCUGGUACGCCUUAUGAGAUCGGCCAUCAACAUGGCACCGCCGCAAAGGAUAAAGCCGCAGGGUCUCUGGACUUUUACAAGUGGCUUUUCAAAACCACGUGUGAUAUGGACUGGCCUGCUGUUAGAAUCGAGGCACAAAAGUACGUUGAGCCACUGCAGAAGCUAUGCCCUCGCCAUGUCGAAGAAAUGCGCGGCGUCGCCGAUGGCGCAGGAGUCGAGUUUAUCGAUAUUAUCGCUCUCAAUGUCCGAACUGAAAUCACCUUUGGUCUAUUCACAGACAGCCCCAGCAUACCUGUUCAGACCGAUGGCUGCACCAGCCUCGCGUAUCGACAACAGAACGGCAACAUGCUCUUGGCACAGAACUGGGACUGGAGAGUCCAACAAACACCCAACCUUUUUGUCUGCCAUAUUACCCAGCCGGGCACAGACCUACCAGAUAUUUCAUUUGUCACAGAAGGUGGUGUUAUAGGCAAGAUUGGAUUCAACUCAUCUGGUGUUGGAGUUUCUCUCAACGCUAUCCGAGCUCGCGGCCUCGACACCACAAAGCUACCGAUCCACCUUUCACUGAGAGCGGCCCUGGAGUCAAACUCUGCACGUGAGGCGGCGCAGAAGCUGCAAGAAACUGGAACAGCUGGAAGUGGUCACAUCAUGGUCUCAGAUCCAAAGGAAGCGAUAGGACUUGAAUGCACGAGUGUGGGGAUCAAGGAGAUCGAACUGGACCAGGAUGGGACCAUCGUUCACGCGAACCAUCUGAUGCUCGACCACCCAGGGGUAGAUGAGCGCCCACCGUAUUUGGAUUCUUUCGCUCGUGUCAAGCGUCUUUCUCAACUCGUCGCAGAAAAGGCAGCCUCGGAGACAAUUGUAUCUUCUUCACUAUUCGAACUGUUCAAAGAUGAACAAGGAUUUCCGGGUUCUAUCAAUCGUUGUCAGGUUGGCGAGUCAGAGUCUCAGACUUUGUUCAACAUUGUCAUGGAUCUUGCAGAACGGAAGGCUACGGUAUACUUUGGGAGACCAACAAGCUGGACAGAGAGAGUUGAGCUGGCUAAAUAG